AAGACGAUGAGACUCUGGGAUGGAAAGAAGGACGAUGUGUUGGUCGUUGUGACGAUUGUUUUCGCGAAAAGGUCAAGGCCUUUAAUGCACGGUCGUCUUCUUGUACCAGUAACAACAAUUCAAGUAUUGUCUUCUCUCAAUCGUCUUGUCGUUCAAGCGUUCAAAGUGAAGAAUCGACAA